UGUACGUGUGGCGUAUUUAUUUAAAUACAUACAGUGUAAAUGGAUGUAUCGAUCGAUUGGCAACAAUUCUAUUUCACGCACAAUGGACGCUAAACGACGUAUACUAGACGAUCGUCACAACAACGAUACACGACUUUUAUAACAUCAACUUGAAAAACAUAUAACAGUUUUUAUGUCAAAUAUAAUAAUUUUGUGAUUAACUUAUAACUAUAUUAACCAGAUGCAAUGUUAUGUAUUAACUGCCAACAAUUUUAAAGAUUUCCGCUUUGCUAUACAAGUGCAUUAGUUUAGUUUAGUUAGUACAAUUAUAAAUAUUUUUGAAAAUUAUUAUUUGAACAAAUAUACGAAUUUCUUCGAAAAUGGCAAUCGUUUUACGAUCAUUAUCAAUUUUAUUAGGAUUAUUUUUUAUUUUUGUUGGAACUAUGAAAUUGACCAGUUAUUUAUCUAAGGAUUUACAUAAAGAUUUGAGAAAAGAAUAUGUUAAAUAUUCCAAAGUGUUUCCAUUAUCGGAGGCUUUAGAUUUUAAAGUGCCAUCGAAAUGGUAUCGACGUGUGGUGGGAUCAUUAGAAUUAAUAUUUGGUGCCGCUAUGGCUACCAUUCCUAGUCAUACUGUAAAAAAUGUUGCUAAUGUUGGUUUAUUGUUACUAACAUUAUUGGCUGUAUAUUCCCAUUAUAUGGUCGAUGAUAUGCUAGAAAGAACAGCACCAGCUCUAGUAUUUAUGUUUAUGCUGACUGGUCGUUUGGUCGUAUACUGGCAAGUUCAAAGACGUGAAUAUAUGGCAGCAAAUGCAUCGACUGAAAAAGUGUCAAAUGAAAAUUCAAGUUUUAUGUCCCAAAGCAACGGUUUUAAACAAGAUUAAAUUUUAGACAAGUAACUUUUUAAACAAAUGUGAAAAAAUAAAAAACUAUAGCUUAAAAUUUGUACUAAGUGCAUAUACAAAAAAAUUUAUCAAUUAUUAUUGUUUAUACUUUAUAGUUCAAAUAUUAAAAAAUAGAUGGCCAAAGUAGUAUAUAACUUUA